UAUAGGUAUGCUAUUUGAUCAGCUGGAGACUUCAAGUUUUCAGAUCGAAAAAUCAGCUUCAAGUUCUUUUACGUCUUUGUAUUGUAGAAUCAAAGGCAUUCUAGUGAAAAUGCAGACGAUGUAAAAGAGUUAUUGGAAGAAAUUUUUCUAUUGCAUUUACCAAAAACUAGGAAUUGCAGAAAAUGCCUGCUCAAGAAACGUCAAAGUUAUGACAAAAUGAGAUGUAUUAGAAGCUCCAAAAUUGUAAUUUGCUGUUUAUUUUUACAUAUUUCGCACAAGAAAAAGAUAUCAGCUUGAUGCGUCCAUAACCUUAUCUUGGGAUAAGAACUUUCAUUUGAUACUUGUCUGCUUUGGACAUAAAUCUUGCAAAAAUAACCAUUAUACUUAACGAUGUCGAAAGAAUUGGAAGAAAAAGGAAAUGCAUGUGUGGUACAGAAUGGAUCAGCAUCGAAAAUACAGAUUACGGUCACGACUUUCUGCGAAGAUGAGAACGGAACGCUGGAUGAGAAAGCUGCGACCACAAGUUCAGCCAAAAUCGACGGCGAAGAUGAAAACUCUAACAUCUCGUCUUCUCCUCAAGCGCAAAUUAUUCGCAAUCUUCUAGUCUUGUCCUUUGGACAGUUCCUGCUGUUUAUGGCAUUCGACACGAUGUCCAAUCUGCAAAGUACCAUCAACGGCGACGCUGGUGUCGGAGUUGUGUCUUUAGCCGUUAUUUACGGAUUCUUGACAUUUUCGUCUCUGUUUCUGCCAACGCUGAUUAUCCGUAGUCUUGGAUGCAAGAAGACCUUGGUGUUCUCCGUCAUCAGCUUCUGUCCGUACAUCUUGGCUAACUAUUACCCAGCAUGGUCUACGCUUAUUCCAACUGCUGUGGUGUGUGGGCUGGUUUCUGGACCACUGUGGUCCGCAAGAAGCACUUACCUAAACGAAAUCAGCCACCGCUAUGCGGAAAUGCGAGGGUCUUCUGCAGAGGUUAUGAAUGCUUGGUUUUUCAGUAUAGCUACCACUAUUCAACAGAACACAGAAAUUUGGGGAAAUCUGAUUUCGUACUUUGUCCUGAUGAAAGAGGAUGACCAUGAUUCGUACAUCUCCACCGCUGUUUUGGACCAUUGCGGUCCCGAUUUCUGUGAUGACACUGGAUUUAGUUCGAACCCCAACCUGUCACCCCCCCGCGGACGAAAAGCGUUACAUUUUAGUGACCAUUUUUACCGCCCUGAGUCUCAUGGCGGCGUUCUUCAUGGUGUUUUUCUUGGACCCUUUAGAGUCUGAGGAGUCAAAAGAAGACGAAAGUCACCAUAAUUUCCGCCCGAUGGACAUUUUUGCAACAUUUAAGCAAAUGGUGAAAGUAGAUCAGUUGCUUUUAUUACCCUUGUCGUUUUAUACUGGUCUCGUGGA